AUGGACUUUCUCAAUGGCAGUGGCCAUGAAGACUUCAUCAUGGUGGCCUUCUCUGACCAGCCCCACCUGGAGAAGAUUCUCUUUGUGAUAGUUCUGGUCUCCUAUCUCCUGACUCUGGUGGGAAACACCAUCAUUAUUCUGAUCUCUUCUGUAGACCCCAAACUGAAGACACCCAUGUACUUCUUCCUUACUCAACUCUCCCUAGUUGAUAUUUGCUUUACCACCAGUAUUGUCCCCCAACUGCUGUGGAAUCUCAAAGGUGGCAAAGCCAUCACAGUCCCCGGCUGUGCUGUCCAGCUCUAUGCCGCCCUGGGGUCAGGCUCCACCGAGUGUGUUCUCCUGGCUGUCAUGGCCUUUGAUCGCUAUGCAGCGGUGUGCAAACCUCUUCACUAUGCAACUGUGAUGAACCCACGGGUGUGCAAGGCUCUUGCAGGGAUUUCUUGGCUGUGUGGUGCUGGAAAUGCUCUCAUUCAAGGUACCAUCACCCUCCAGUUGCCUCGCUGUGGACAUCGCUAUAUCUAUAAUUUCUUCUGUGAGGUACCCUCCAUGAUAAAGCUUGCCUGUGUGGACACCCAUUCCAAUGAGGUCCAAGUAUUCUUUGCUGCAUUGGUGUUGCUCAUUUUGCCCUUAACGCUGAUACUGAUUUCUUAUGGAUUUAUUGUCAAGGCAGUUGUGAGGAUCAAGUCAGUCCAGGCCUGGCGCAAGGCCCUGGGGACUUGUGGAUCCCACUUGAUGGUGGUUUCCCUUUUCUAUGGAACCGUCAUAGCUAUCUAUGCCAGGCCCAACAGCUCUUAUGCCCAGACACAUGGGAAAUUUAUUUCCUUGUUCUAUACGGUGGUGACACCAACCCUCAAUCCCCUUAUUUACACAUUGAGGAAUAAAGAUGUGAAAAGAGCUGUAGGAAGACUAUUUCGUAGAAGUCCAGAUUCAUAA